AUGGCCGAGUCUUUCCAAGAGGACGACCCGUUUGAUCCGCCAACAAAGCGCCAGAAAAUCAAGAGGACUGGACAGGCUUGCGACCGAUGUCGAGGACGCAAGAUCAAGUGUGAUGGUGCUUUACCGUCUUGUACGCCUUGUCUCGUCGCGAACGUGACAUGUACAGCGACCGACCGUAUCACCAAAAAAGCUGUCCCGCGUGGAUACGUGGAGACGUUGGAGCGCAAGUUGGCGUAUGUGCAGGACCUCAAAGACAGGAUUGGGUUGUUGGAGGGUAUGCUGCGUGAGCGUGACCCGAAUAUCCAACUACCACCUCCUGUGAGCGAAUUGAGUAUAGGCGAGGAAGGUGGAAGCGAGAAGACUCCCAAUAAGAGGGGAGCGGAUGAGACGUCGUCUAGCCCAAGGCCUGAUGCGUGGAGGGAGAAAUCCAGUACGGCAACUGGAGCCGGAGCCGCACGUGGUGGGGAUGACAUGCCAUAUUACCCCAACGGCAUACUCGCCGAGUCGGAUAUCUAUGCCGCAGAUAACAUGGCUUUCCGCGAAGGCGGUCCGCAUCCUGGUCGUUCCAGCGGGUUUCUCAUUCUCAAUUCGCUUCGUGAGGCAGCGUCCACGACUCUUGGCGUCGACGUCGAUGUCUCGGAUCUUAACCUGAACGUCGGAACGGAGGCCGCUUCUGUAUGGGGUCGGCUGCGGAAUGGACCCUCUCUAUAUGUUGGCAAACCAGAGUUGCCGCCGAGAGAUAUUGCAUACCAGUUCGUUGAUGCGUAUUUCGAGAAUGUGCAUACAUUUAUGCCGAUCCUCCACGCCAAGACGUUCUACGACGAGUUGGACAAGAUGUACUCUACACCCGACUAUGUACCGACUGUCCCCUUCAUGUUUCAGUACAAUAUGGUGUUUGCGAUUAUUGCGACGAAUUUGGAUGGCGAUCAAGUCUUCGCUGGCAGAGCUAUCCCGUACUUUGACCAGUUGUUCCAUGAGCCGGCUCUGGAGCAUUUGCAAGCGUUGAUGUUGAUGUUGGUGUACUUACGACAAAAGACCAAGGCGGGGGGCUUGUGGUACCUAUCACGUCUCUCAGCUGGGAUGGCUGUGGAGUUGGGCCUGCACCGUCUUGAUUCAGUAGGGAACUACUACCUACCUCUCGACAAAGAAAUUAGGAAAAGGGUUUUCUACGCCGUACUGAGUAUCGAUCGCCUCAUCGCAAACUCCUUGGGCAGGCCCAUGGCGCUGAAGGAACCAGAUUACAACGUGAACCCACCGACUUGCGAAGAUGACGAAUAUUUCACCUCGACGAAUCUGUCGUACCCACGGCAACCACCUCAUACCAUUUCCCGGCUCGCUCCAGCGAAGGAAAUCCAUAAAAUUGUGGUUAUCGGUGGUCGAGUUGCGGAACGACUUUAUAGCGUGCAGAGACCGAGUAGGCAGACGUAUGUCUCCUUGGUCGAGGGAUUGGAAAAGGAGAUGAAGGAAGCGAAAGCGGGCAUUCCGCCCUAUCUGGUGUACAACGAACGCGAAAGCCCAGAGACCCAAGCCUUGUUCCACCAAGCGGCCAGUAUCAUCGUCGCCUACCACGAACUCCAAAUACUCAUCCGACACCCCUCCCUCGCCCUCUCCCCCUCCCCCCAAUUCAGCGCCGCAAGCCUCGCACUCUGCGCCGAAUCCUCCCGCACCAUAAUCCGCAUCCGCGACCACCAACGCCUCCACGGCAUGGUCGACUCAUCCUGGCACACAAUCUCCAUCCACAUGCUCGCAGCCUUCACGAUCCUCUACUCCCUCUGGGAAAAGCAGGGACACCUCAAACCCGAGACGAUCGAUCAAACGAAACGGGAGAUGGAUAUGGUGAAGAAUUUGUUGUCGGAGAUUGGGAAGAGGUUGAAGGCUGCGAACAAGAUGAGGGAGGUUAUUACGGUCUUGACAAAGGCUACUGUGCAGUAUGUUGAGAAGUCGGAUAAGGGAGGGGUAGGGCAGAAAAGUGGACAUGGGCAGGGGCCGCCGUUGCCUUUUGGAAGUGGGGCGAGUAGUGCGGGGUUGAGGACGGGACCUGGUGGGUCGGAGAUCAUGAUGGACUUCAGCUUCACGCCUGCGACCAGAGCGAAUUCGAGUGAGAGCACUGAUGGGCAGACUGGUUCAAGCUCUGUUGGCCGUCUGUCGACGGCAAAGACCCCGGCAUGGAACCAAGAAUUGCGGCAAGCGAAUCAGCGGCUCCUACAGGCUUCGUCAUAUCCGCCGAACAUGGCUUCUUCAAGUCCAUUCGGAACAACUCAAUCGAUCGAAGCGAGCUUAGACCAAUACCGCCGCAAACUCCCCGAAACUCCCGAUCUAACCCCACCCACCCACAACCCCAACCACCCCGACCCAGUGCCCGCGCAACCCGCGGCACCCUCCUUCACCGGCGGCGGAAUGGGGGGCGGCAUGCUCCCCUUCUCUUGGACAAAAUGGGACGAAUACAUGUCGAGUGUGGGUGGGAGUUUACACGGGUACCAGGAUGAAAUUCCGGAGAUGUUGACGAGUACGCUGUAUCGGGGGACGGUGGGGGUUGAUCAGGGGGAGGGUGGGACGCCGAGUAUGGAGGAGAUGAGGUCGAUGAUGGGGUGGAGUGCUGCGCCGCAGGAUGGGGAUGUGCAGCAUCAACAGCAGCAGCAGCAGCCACAGCAGAGACCACAGUCGUUCGAUAGUGUGGGUCAGUGGAGUGGAUUUUAA